AGCGCCGACGGCGCAAAGUACAAACCAUACCCGAGUUCAAACCACCAAGUCAAUACCGCGCGUUACAUCACUAGCAAUGAUCCUCGUGGAUACAUCCCGGUCUACGAGUACCCCCUGAAUGGCCAGUGGAUCAUGAUGGACAUGGACGACGGCUACAUCUUAUGGACGGGCAUCUGGAAGGCUCUUGGAAACUCCAAAGCGGACAUCGUACGGAUGGUCGAGUCCCAGCCGGACCUCGCAUCGCGCAUCCGCCGCGUCCGCGGCGGGUAUCUCAAAAUCCAAGGAACAUGGCUCCCGCACGACGUCGCCCUGCAACUAUCCCGCAGAGUCGCCUACCCAAUCCGCGACGAACUAAUUCCCUUCUUCGGGUGA